CGGACCGGAUGUUGUUUAUGACCGACAUUUUCCUUUGGAAACUGUAUUUGGGAUUAAAUUGCAUAUAAUUUUCCAAUUUUACCAAUUAAUAUUUUAUUCCUGGUAUAAUUAAAGAUAAUAACAUGUUCUUAUAAAGCAGGGAUGUAAAAUAGGUAGACGUUUAAUGAACUCUAAGAUCAUUUUAGCAAAAGUUUUUUUCUCUUUCAAUAUAGCGGGAAAUCUUCGUUGUGACGCGCACAAUAUCUGAUAAUUUGUCGGGUGAAGCAGUGAAGUGUCGUAACGGAUUGUUAUGUGGUUAUUUACGCUCUGACAGUGGAUCUCGGUAUUAUAUUUAGAUUUGACAAUGUCGGACGAAAUGGCGGUGGGUGAUAACGCAUCAAACGAUGAACAAAAACUAGACGGCGGUGAGACGGAAACGGAGACCAUGGAGACCGCUGAUGCUUCAGAACUCCAAGCAGAACCUUCAGCUCUUGAACCUGAAGCGACAUCGGAACCUACUGAAGAUGAAUCAGCUGUGGAAACAAAAGAUGAAUUAAAAGACAAUUUACAUGAAACUGAUCUACCAAUAAAAGAAGAAUCAGAAACGGAAGAGACAACGGAAGAACAGAAAGAACCUGACGAGGAGGUGACGAGAGGCAUCAAACGUAGAGCAUCCGCGGCAUUUAGUGAUGGUGGAGAUGAAGAGUUCAAAGGUUUCGACAGUUGUGAGCAAAGCAGCGUCGCAGAUUAUAGUCGCAUUAUUGAACGCUUGGAAGCUGAGGUGUCAGCCGCUAUCAAGACAUACACACCAGUCCGUAGCGUCAUGGCUACGCCAGCGAUCAGAGCCAGUAAACGAGCUCGCCAAGACACAGGUGGGUGUACCAAGUGGUCAGAACAUCUCGAGGCGGAGGUGACUGCCUUCGUGAGGAGCUUCUCAGAUGAAAACGGGGAGACAGUGGCUGCGAAGCGUCAGCGGCGGGGUACUGACAGCUCGCGGCCGUCGUCGGCGCUGUCGUCGCGCUCGGACGGCGAGGGCGCGGGCUCCACGGACGCGUCCAUGUCGCCGGCGGCGCGCGGGGGGCGGCGCGCCACGGCCGAGAUGUCGGCGCCGGCGCUGCGCGUGCCGCUGGAGCGCGGCUGGCGGCGCGAGCUCGUGUACCGCGCCGUGGGCGCCUCGGCCGACGCCUCCAGCCGCCGCAACGCCGACAUCUACUACUACACGCCGCACGGGAAGAAGCUGCGCUCCACGAGGGAGGUCGCCGAACAUCUGUCAGGCACAGGUCUCACAUUAGAAAACUUCUCUUUCUUCAAAGAACCGCUGGGAAUCGAUGAUCCUGAAAAAGAGAUUAUACGUGAUGCUAAAGUCAUCAGACGCGUGGAGUCCCCGGUACCGGCUGCUCCUCCACCAGUGUUGGACGGGAAAAGGACACCUAAGCCCAAACCACCUAAAGGUGCCAGCCCUGAACCCGCUACGCAUAAGUCACCACCUGCUAAACUCAAGGUUAAAUCAAUGGGUUCCCGGCUAAGCAGCAACGGUACCACUACCCCGAAGCAAGUGAAGAAGGCUCCGGCUCCACAACAACAGCCGCAAGCGCAGCCGCAACAGCAGAUGCCAGCGCCAGCAGACAACAACAACACUGCAGCGUGGAAAAAGCCCAGCGAGGCGCCCAAGGCGCUGCGCGCGCGCUCGCUGGCCAACGGCGCCGCGUCGCCGCCCGCCGCACCCGCGCCCGCGCCCCCGCCGCCCGCGCAGUCCCCGCGCCGCCGCGGCCGCCCGCGCGCCGACGACGCCGACCACUUCACCGCCUUCCACACGCGCGCGCGCGCCGCCGACUACAACGUGGCCGUGCAGAUAUUUCAAUAUCUCGGUAUGCGCGACGUGGCCCGCUGCGCACGAGUGUGUCGGCUGUGGCGCCAGCUGGCGUCCGCGCCGGCGCUCUGGAGGCACGUACGGAUGAAAAACUCACACGUUAGCGACUGGGCCGGUUUAUGUGCAGCGUUAAAGAGUCACGGAACGAGAUGGUUGGACCUGCGUAAGAUGUUGCUACCACCUAACGAUACCGUCUUCUGGGAUCACUUCGCUGAGCACAUCGGCUCCGUGGAUACGCUCGAGAGGCUGGAGCUGUGCCGCUGCCCGGCGCGCGCGGUGGAGGCGGCGUGCGAGCGCCUGCCCGGCCUGCGCGCGCUGGCCGCGCCCGCCAUCCGCGACGCGCGCCUCGACCCCGCGCCGCUCGCGCGCCUGCCGCGCCUCGAGCUGCUGCGCCUCAAGAGCCUAACUGGACUAUCCCUAACCCGCGACCUACAUUCCCUGUCUUCACUAUCACGUCUGCAACAUUUAUCACUAACAUCGAUCAAAGAGCUUGGUUGGUGUGCAUGUGAAGUAGUUGGACAGCUUGAACAGCUGGAAUCACUCGAGCUAGGCGAAUGUUCCUUCGGUGGAUCAUUUGCAACGGCUCUGGGCAAGUUGGUUAAACUGCGGAGGUUGCGGCUAGAGCGAGGAGUGUCGCAUUGUGCCGCACCAGCGCUUCUAAGAGCGCUUUCAGCGUUGCCAAAGUUAACCAGACUCGAACUUGUUAAUUUUGAUGUUAAGGUUGGAUUCGACGAUGCUCUCGCGGAAUGUAAAAACAUUCAGAGACUGCUCAUUAUACCGACGUAUGUGUCACAAUCUGCGACUACCAACAAACAGGUAUUAAGCGGUGUACUUCGACUGAAGGAUACGUUGACGCAUCUGAUGUGGGGCGUGACUAUCGAGUUGCUUCGCGUUACUGAAUUAUUCAUAGACCAGUGUGAAGCGGGCGAAGGCGAAGGCAAGCGGCGCGACGUCGGCGAGUGCAUUCCCGUACUCAAACCCGUACCCGGCUGUCGCCUGCCCGACGAUCACCGCACCGUGGUCGGCCCGCCGCAGGUGGAAAUACUCCCGAUCCCGACUCUACAACGGCUUCUGUCAGCUCAACUUCCGAACACCAAACUAAAAUUGCUGCGCAUCCCCUUCCAUGCAACCUGGCGGCAAUCACUCGCAGACUUCCAGUAGUGCGCACACCCGCGACACUAUGCUGGUGCAGGACCCCUGAACGCACAUCGAGGCAUAUGUGACUGACAAACAUGUACAAAAGUGGGGUCAGUCCUAGACUAUAUAUAUAAAUAAAAUGUCAUUCGUGUCCCGGGCAGGGGUCGGUGUAACGCAAAGGACUACGAUUUUAUUGAGUUAAAAAAAAUUCACCCGAGACGGGUUAACUUCAGUGUUUAGACAACAUGCAGUUUUUAUCUCAAGUUAUUGGAAAUUAUACAGUCAAAAAAUUUAUAUCAAAGUUGAUAUGCAAAUGCAAUUAUUAUAUAUGAAUAGAUUUGUCAGUGGGCUGAUAAUUUAAUAAUUUGCAAUACUUGAAGUGAGAUGAGGAAACAAGAUAAUAUAAUCGAAAUUUGAAAUUUUAUAAAAAAAAAGAUAAAACUUUGUGUCAAAGUUGCAGAUUAUAAAAGUUGAGUACAAUAAGUAAAUGUUUUUUUCAAAACUAUCAUUUAAAUAAGGAAUAUAUGUUUGUAUGUAUUAAUUUAAAAUUAUUUUGAAUCAAAUAAAAAUAAAGAAACACUUGUCAUCGAUUUCAUUAAAUAUAUUCAAACAUCGUUUAAAAGGAACAAUAUAAUAAUCUGAUAUUUAAUUUUAUCUAUUAAUUAAACAGUUUACAACAUGUAUCAUAUCUAAAAUACCUUCUGUAUUUUUAGCCUCUAACAUAUUAUAUAAUAUAGCCUUAUUAAAAAAAAAACAAUAUAACAAUAGUUUAAAAAACCCGUGGGUGUUCUUAUAGGCUUAAGUCGUAGCGAGAGAUAUAUUUUUAUUCAAAUUCAUCCAUUUCAUAUUAUUAUAUGACGCAAUGAAAUAACUAUAUAAAGUUAAUUGAUUAACUUCUUAGUUUUAAUGUCUAAGGUUGUAAAUAUUAUAUCGAUCAGCCUGUAGUUUUUGACCUUUACCGUAGAUACAUGAGGUAUUCAUUUUGUUUAAAAAAAAAAAGUCGCGAUUGUCAUCGAAAUGGCGGGAAAUUUUCUUUCAAAACUAUCAAAAGUUAGAUGUCAUUUUUUAAUUAAAAUUUAAUAUUUCUAAAAUUUGUUUUGUUAAUUACUUAUUUUGUGAAAUCUCUAUUUUGAUUCGAUUCUAUGUCGUUACAUAUAAAAGAAGAUUUCCGCCAUUUUGAUGGAGUUAGAUUGUCUGUCAUAUAUACACUUAGUCAUUGACAUAUAAAUUAUGAUUACACAAAAAUUGUAUAGGGAUCACUGACGAGGGUGCGUGGCUCCACAUUUUAUUAUCGGCGUGCAUUAAUAAAAAAAUAUAUAAUUUGCAUUUUUUGUUGCCUUUUAGUCGUCUCACGCACACUAAGACAUCGUGUAAGCACGAGCGUCAUUCACUCAUGCUAAUGCACGCCGAUAAUAAUUUAUCGUAGAGAGGCGCGCCUUCGUGACUGAAUAAGAUCUAUACAUUGUGUUAAAAUGGAAAAUCUGAAAUACGCCUUAAUAUACAUGUUAUUCAAAAUUUAUAAUAUAUCUAACUUGGAAGUUCACAAAAAAGCAUUAAUUCAUCAUUCAUGUAUUUAUUAUUAAAUAAUAUUGAAUAAUAAAUACGUUUUGAGAAAUUUUUAUAAGUACUGAGUCUUGGAAAUAGAUUAAAGUAAAUAAUUGCUAUUUGUCUCGCAACUGUUUUAAUUUACUCAUGUUCACCUUACAAUGUUUUUGUGAUAACUUAUUUUGUUUAAAAUUAUCAAUUAUGAAAGUGAUUUAUUUUUGAUUAUUAAUUUUAAAUUAUUUUUUCUUUUCUAUGACAAACGUGUUUGGAGACGUUUUUUAUUAUUUGACAUAUUAGGAUUCCACUUUUAAACGAGAUGUUAUAAAUUGUGAUUCUUUUUAAUGUAGAAAGUUUCAAUCUCAAUUAAAUUAGCUAAGAUGAUAGUGAAAUUUUGAAAUAAAAACAUUUAUUAAAACACUCGUACCUAAACUCCGUGUAUCAAAUAUUUUUACGAUUACACUCUAGUAAAGAUAUCGCGUUCGAUUCAAUCAAAAUUACCUGAUAAAUUAAAUAGGUCCUAAUAACUUAUAUAUUUGUAGAAAAAUACGUUUAUCGGCGAGAGUGUAAUCACAAAAAAAGCAAAAUAUAGUUUUAGAUAUUAUAGCUUUUAUAAAAAAAAUAUAAAUUUUCGUAUUCGGUAGUUUUUAUAGAAACAAAUGAUAUCUUAGGCAAUAUGUAACACAAAUAAAUAGCAGAAAAUAGCUGUGACUAUUAUUUAAUAAAUAUAUUACAAUAUAUUAAGGUUGAAUAACAUGAAGGCGUUUAUAUUUUUAAAUUAUUAUUCGAUUUGAAUCCGUAAAUGAUACGAAAGCCUGGCUUCGUAGCUUAGACAGUGGUCUAUUGUUUAUAAUCUCCUUUCGAAACAUGAUUUGUAUUUUUAUUGUAGUUUUUAGUUGGGGUAAGUUUGGUAGGCGCCCUUGUAAAUAUGUAUAAUUUGUAUCGGCGCCCGCCGCGACCGGCUCCGUUUAUUAGUUUAAUAUAAAUACUAGGAAGUAAAGGCGACUCAAUAAAUCGUUGCCCUGUAA